AAGUUCCUAAAAAAAAAAGAAAGCAAAAUUAAAAAAAAAAAUAUGAGAAUAAAGUAAAACGGAAAAAAAUUUUUUUACAUUGUACACAAUAAAUAUUAAAAUUAAAUGAAUAAAAGAAAUAUAGUUAAAUUUAAUUAUCAAAAGUAGGUAAUUAAAUAUAAUAACAAAAUAUACAUUUAAACGCACUUCAUAAUAAUUUUAAAAUAAUUAAUUAAUUUAUUAAUUAUAAACAUACAAUAUUAAAAUAAUAUUUACUCAUUAUAUUCGUAUUAAAGUGUUUUAAAAAUAAAUAUUAAUUUUUAUAAUUAAUUCUUAUAAUAAAAUUAAAAACUUUAAAUAAAACAAUUUAAAAAAUAAAAUUAUCAAAAUGGGUUUAAAAAGAAGAGAACCAUCAACGGCAUCUCUUGAAGCCAAACGAAAACCAUUAUUAGAUCAAUGGAUGUUUGAAAGGCGAAUACUAUUGGGUACAACAUUUUUUGUGUGUAUAGCGCUAAUUGUAUGGAUUGUUGCUAUUGCAACAGAUCAUUGGAUUAUAAUAUCUGGGAAAAAAGGUAUUUUUAUUCCUGAAACACGAAGAUUCUUCCUUCAUUCACAUCAAGGUUUAUGGCGUAUGUGCCGAUCAACUUCAACACCGGUAGCAAUCGAAUUUGAAAAUGUGGUGAUAAAUGUAUCAUCUAUUGCAUAUAAGACGGUCAAUAAUCAAAAUGAAGCAAAAAGGAUUCUAGCUGAAAAAGAAACAACAAAAGAAAUUAUAAACAAUAAAAAUUUUUCAAUGCAAAUGGAUACUUUUACAGAAUUAGCCAAAGAAAAGAUGUUCGUAUAUUGGAUACUAAAUGAUCAGAAGAAUUUUGGUUUUAUGAAAGAUUCCUUUAAAAGUUUGGUAUUAGAUAAAAAUUAUAAUAAAAAACCUAAAAAAGCUAAAGCCAUUAUAAUUGAUCCAACAAAUGUGACAGAUUUAUAUAACAGAAAAGUAUUUGGCGAUGCGCUAAUUAAAGUGAUUUCAAGUGAAGUAAGCUAUAAUUUAGUUAUACCGGAAGCAUGUCAAGCAGCUUUAUUUAAAAAUUGGGAUGAAUACCAGCAAACACCUAAACUGAUAAGUCAUUAUUGUCGUGAUUUAGGUAUUGCUCCUACUGUUUUAAAUAAUGAUGGUGUAGUACUACAAUUAGUACCACCACUGCCACCUAAAAAAGGAAAAGGAAUACAAGGCUAUUACGAUUAUAUUAAAAAUGAUAAAUGUUGGUAUAUUGAUAUGUUUCCUACUGGAGAAUCUUUGGAAAGGGAUUUAGCAUUUGAUGAAGAAGUUCUCGAUUACAUUAGAACGCAGUCAUCAUUUGCUUGUAUUACUGUUGCAAUUAUGGCAAUGGGAUCAGUCUUUUCAUUUUACACAUUUAUGAAUCCAAGAUAUAUGUUUAAAAGACUUGCUGGAGGAAUCCACUUUAUUUCAGCUGCAACUAGUGUGGUGGUUUUACAAGUUUUAUUUGCAUCUGUUGAUUAUACUAAAGAACAUCUCUUAUAUACAUACCCCGAAGGAGCUGAACUAACGUAUGGGUAUGGAGUUUACUUAGCUUGGUUCGUAUUUUCAGCAAAUUUACUGGCAGGGAUAUUAUUUAUGUGGUAUUCAGGAAAGAAAAAGGGAGCUAAAGCGCCAACAGAUGAAAUCGCAAUGGCUGACGAAGUUGUUGCUAUGGGUAGAUGAAAUUUUUCGUUACUAUUUGUUAAGAAUUUUAUUAAUUUGUUUUUAUGUUAAAUAUUUGGUUAAAAUAAACACUUUCAAUUUAAAAGUA